CCGUGGAACCGGGAGAGCGGCUGCGGGGGGCUGGGCGGGGGGCAGAAUUCCCUCCCUCGCGUGGCGGCUCGCUUGGUUGUCUGCAGCCACGGGCUGCGUGCCUGGCCCUGGUGCGGCUCCAGGGAUCUCAGGGUCUCGGCCGGCAGAAGUGCGGAGCGCAGAGCCGAGCUGCCCUGCGGGUGCAGCGGGCAGCGCCGCGCCAGCACUGAGGGCUGGGAGUCGGUCUCACCUCUUCCCCUGCCUGCCAGCCCUCCGUCAUUUCAGCUCUUCUCCUUGGGAAGCAGGCGCCGUAAAUCUCUGCUCCUUCAGCGUGUGCUUCUGCGUCCCCGGGCACCGAGGCUCUGCUGGCUGGGGCUGCGUUGAGCUGCUCUGCAGGAGGAGAGAUGGGGAAAAGGUAUUUCUGCGAUUACUGUGACCGGUCCUUCCAGGACAACCUGCACAACAGGAAGAAACACCUCAACGGAGUGCAGCAUCUCCGGGCUAAGAGAGCCUGGUACGACCUGUUCCGAGAUGCUGCUGCUAUCCUGCAAGAGGAGCAGAGCAAGAAGCCUUGUCGGAAGUUUCUACAAACAGGGCAGUGUGACUUUGGGUCUGACUGCAGAUUUUCCCACAUGACAGAGCAGGACCUGGAGAAGCUGAGUGCACAGGUCCAAGUGCGUAAAACAGCUUUGGUUCAGGUGCUGGAGCUCCUAAUGAAGAGUCAGGGGAGCUCCCGAAAACCCCAUGCUCCUGUUCCUGCUGCGCUGGAGGUGAGAAGAAAAAAGGGGAAAAAACCAAAAACUAUUCCAAGGCUUCUCCUCCUCUAGGAAAAUAUCUGAAGGACGAGUGCCAGCAGUGGGUACCUGUGGGUCAGUGCUGGUGGUCGCAGCGUGCCAGCAGAGCAGCCCCAUGCAGCACUGCUGCCUGCCAGCGCACUCCAGGUUUGGCCACGCAGGCAGGCGUUGGGUCCAGAUUCAUGGAGAGCACAGGCAGCAGCCAGCUGCCCCAGCCAGCCCUGCUCUGCAAGCCCUGUGGCAACCGGUGCUGCCGCUGCAUUGGCACACAGAGGUUGGAUCUGACCGUGCCCAGUGCUUGGUUGUGCCUUCAGGGAAUCUUGGGGUGUUUUUACCCACAGCACCCACGUGGCACCAUCCCUGGAGGACUCCCUGCCCUGCGCAUCUCCCAGAGGCCAAAUGGAGUGACAGUAACCCCAGAGGGGCUCUCUGGUGCUCCCUGUGCCCGAUUCCCUCCCCAGUGAGGCAGAUCAGAGCACGAGCUCCCCUCCCUCCUGCAGGCACUCUGGGCUGGCAGCGGAGUGUGCGCCGAUUCCUGCUGCUCUAAUGAGAUUUUGCAAUUCCCCCUCACAGCAUUUUGCAGCUCCUAGCUGUGGUUGAAGGCACACAGCCAUGCUGACUUCCCUCCGCCCUGCUCUGUGCCACCCCUUGUGCCCAGGCAGGGAGCUCUGCAAACCUGCAAAAGCAUUUCUAAAUUUGGCUUUGCAAACAUUUGUAACCCGUAAACCAGGGAGUCUUAGCAGCCAGCGUGGGCUGAGCAGGAUGGGGUUCUCAGCUCCUUCCUUUGCUCCCGUGGUUGGCACCCUGCACCCCUCUGCACCACCACCAUCACUAACUGGGCACCCUGCAGCCUGCAGUAGGGUCUCCCCACUUGCUGUCCCCAGCUGUGCUGGGUUGGUGGGGUUGCUGCAGCCCCUGAGCGAUGGUGUGAGCCAAAGUGCCUCCUAUGGAGCAGCAGUAAUUUAUCGGGAGGCUUUUAGGCAAAUGAACCACUCCUGGGCUGCUGCCAAGGUGCAGCCCUGCUGGGCUCUGCCCCGUGUCCUCUGGCAGCUCUUGGAGGGAGAGGGGAUGGGGUGGGGAUGGAGGUGGGAUGGGGGUGGG